AUGUCCCUGUGUUUUUCCCAGCAGAUGGUGAGGGAGCAGUAUGUCACAACCACCCAGGACAGCAGUGUCCCUGCCCCUGUCCCUGACUCCAUCUAUAAGAUCGGGAUCUACGGUUGGAGGAAGCGCUGCCUCUACCUGUUUGUCCUGCUGCUCAUCAUCAUCCUCACCGUGAACUUUGCCCUCACCAUAUGGAUCCUCCGGGUCAUGUGGUUUAACACAGUAUGUUGGGUCACUGACAUGGCUCUCCAAUCACCACUUAGCUCUAGUUCAUUAAUAACACGUUACCUGACCUUUACAGUAGAUGUUUGGGUGGUUGUAUGGACAAAACGCCAUAUAAUCUGUCCUGCAUCAAUGAAAAAUUAUAUAUGUUUGUUAAUGAGACAGAGACAUAUCCCUAUAGAUGCAAAUGUUGAUUUAUGAAGAUGCUCUAGUACAGUGGUCACCAACCGGUCCACUAGGCAUUCCUAGCCAAUCACUAAACAUUUCUGUAGAAAAGCCAACGAUAAAGGCUUGCGCUCCUUUAUUAUUAUUUUUCUUUCGACUUUGCGCUUUUGAUGGAAGGUGCAUUUGAUUUAGAAGCCCUGCACGCUGGGUAGGCAAAGUGUUUCCAUUUUUAACAUUUUAAUUUAUCUGUAGUGACAAACCCCGGCCUAACGGCCUGACCACUGACCAGGAUAGCCAAUCAAAUAGCUUGAAUCAUCGUGCCUAUUGGUUCCACGACCCCACAGUAAAGUUUGAUAUUAGUCACUUGAGAUUUCAUAAUUUUUCAAACCAUUACCCGAGAGAUUAUUAUUAUUAUAGAAACUGUCAAAGAAUACAGCAAAGAGCUGCUGUUUUUAUAAGUGAGUUCAUGUUUAAGUUAUUCAUCACUGUCAACUGUUUUUAUUCAACACUUUUACUAAACAUCAAACGCGUUUCUCCUACUUCCUAUUGCGCUGCAGCUGCAAUGACUAAAAGGCGCUGGAUGCUCAAUCGACGUCUGCAGCAUUUACCGUUACACAUUUUCUCAUCGAUGAAACAUUUGAUCUCAAUACAGUUUUCUGUUCCCUAAACUAGAAUAUGUUACGAACAAAGUGGACUACGUUUCGUAGACUUUACCCUUUGCCAACGUUUUUUAAAAAUUGCGUUCUUUAGGAGUGCAAAGGCAAAUUGAGUUAUUGCACACGCGCACUUCACAGAGUAGGCGUUCCCUAACGGAAAUAUGCGCAUGUAUGCUAGAACGCGCCAAUAGGAUCUCGCUAGCUCGUGCUUGGCUCUGCCCACGUCCUUGCUUGUUCUGCCCACUAUGACUCAUUUGUUCCCGUUUGAAACGACAGGCUGUGGUCUAUCUUGGUUUAGUUAUAAAUAUAUUUUACUGAGCCCUCCACAUGCCAUCCACAUGUCGGAGGCGCACAGCGAUGCGGUACAGAGGUCAAUUUGGCCCCUGCAUGACUUCGGAGGCUCAGCAAUUGCGUUACACCAUCCAUUUGGCGCCUCCGACCUAAUUUCGGAUCAAACAUAAAUUGGCUCUUAGUAGCCAAGUGUAUCGAUAGGCCUGCGUUUUUAUUAUUAGCAGCUCCUUCUGUCUAUUUUAUUAUCGAGGAAUAUUUCACAUUCUCUGGUCAUAGGAACACAUGAAUUUGUGCAUGAGGCAGAAAUAAUGCGGUGCGACUCGAGUUUCGCCAUCAGUGGGAGGUGUCCCCUCUCUCUGGUCAGCCUCAUAGGAGGAAAGAAGAGAGCAGGGACCGUGAGAGGCGGACCCUCUGCUGCUCUCUCCAACCCUCCGCUGAGACUGACCAGCCAACGCAGGUACCAUCAGUCCAGUAAAAUAAAAAAUCAAAUUAUUUCAAUUUAUGCUCAGUGAUUCAACAACUGAUCUAUUUUGUUAUCAAAGCUCGAGUUUUUGGUCUGAGAAGAACUUAAACUGAUUUGAUUAAUUUUGCAUUGGUUUACAUUUUUUAAGUCAUGUUUAAAAGUGGUAGAUCUCGGCUUGCUUUUUGACUGUGAAAGUGAUCUUGACUCAGAAAAGGUUGGUGACUGUUCUAGAAGCCCAGUUUAUACCUGCUUCUAACUUGCGUCCUUUGUCCUGAUCUUGUCCACAUUCUGAUUGUGCCCACAUUUUUAGACAGGUGUAGACAAUCAAAAGGCACAUUGUGAUCUGAUUGUGAUCAGAUCAUCCUGCCACCCUCCGGAGGUAGUUAGAAAACACAUUGUGUCUGGAUAUCUUACAAGUGUAGACUGGACAGAGAAACCAUUUAAAUCAUCAUUAUUCCGCCCUCUAAAAUCCUUGACAGGUGGCACCAUUAACUGAUUACAUCAAUAUGUGUCUUACAAUAAAUAAAUACUAUUUUAAAAGAAUAGCUGUGAAAUAAUUUACAUAAAGGAAGAGACCAGGAAAUCUGGUCACAAUGCAGACAGCAUAGCCACGUCUCUUAUCCUUGGCAUCCAAUGGCUGCCUGGUGGGAUGAAUCAAAUCCAACAUUUGCCCUCUAGCACAGUAAGCUUAGUUUUAUACACAUUUCAUGAUUCCUCCAUCCUUUUGGAAUAUAGCCUGAGAGAAGUAGUUAUUAGAUGGAAUUGAAAUCAGAGAAUCUGCUUUUGUUUCACACUGGAUCAUUAUCAAAGUCACUAUUGCCUGGGGUGCUAUGAAUCAUAUAUUCACUGCAGUGUGGUUAACUCCCAACACUAUACCCAGCAGAGACCAUCACCUAAAAUAGAUUCACUCACCAUCCAGAAUUAGAAACCACAUGGUGUCACAAGAAUCCUUGGGGACACAGUAUGGUCAUGGUUAGUGAGUGAAUUUCUUGUAGGAUACCCUGUGCAAUGCCUUUUCUCUGAUGCAUUGCUGAGUUAAUUCUUUCUGCUUGUCAUUGCAGGAAGGGAUGGGACACCUAAAAGUAACAUCGGACGGAGUGAGGCUUGAGGAUGGCGAGUCAGAGUUCCUCUUUCCUCUCUACGCCCAAGAGAUCCACUCCAGAGAGGUAAGCAAACAGGCUACUACACUCCUCCUCUUCCUUCUCCUCUUCCUCCUCCUCCUCCUCCUGCUCCUCCUCCUCAAACACUCACACCCAGUCCAAUAGGGUUGUGUUGAAUAAAGUGGUCUGGUUUCCCAAGCUCUGACUCACUGUCAGGAAACCAUAGAGACCAAAGUUGAUUGUUUGUUGAAUCUAGGAGCGCUUUCUGUUAAAAAUGCUGGGCAAUUACAUCAAAAAAGCUUUCCUGAGGUAUAGUCAUUAGAUGCUCUGUAUUUUGACAUCACUCUCUUGCGUAGUUGGGAAAUGUUUCUUACUCAGUAAGCUUUGGCAGUCCCUGUGGAUGCACAGUGCAGCGAGUUCCUCAUUAACCUCCUGGAUAUUUGUGGUGGAAAACAGUCGAUGGUGUGCAAUCGAGCAGCAGACGGUAACACUUUGCAGCAGUUGUCUACAUGUUUAUGGUUUUUCCUCAUUGUGCUGUGUUUUCCCCCACUCUGUCUUUGAGCUUCAUUAAAAAGGCAAUGUAUUCACCAUUUAUGGACCGACACUUUCAUCACUGAAGUCGACAGUUUCUAAUUAGAUUCAGCGUUCAUUAUACUCAACCUGCUUUUCACGACUCGCCCAAAUAAGCUAAAUCUCUUUAGCCUAUUGUAAAUAAUAGUGUUUUCUGGAAGGUACGAGUGAGGACCAGGUAAAUAAUAAUAAUAAUAUGCCAUUUAGCAGACGCUUUUAUCCAAAGCGACUUACAGUCAUGCGUGCAUACAUUUUUUUUUUUUUGUGUAUGGGUGGUCCCGGGGAUCGAACCCACUACCUUGGCGUUACAAGCGCCGUGCUCUACCAGCUGAGCUACAGAACCUGUGAGCAUAACGAUACAUUUUGUAGCAUUCAUUGGCAAUGCAUCAUUUUGUGUUGUGCCCCAUGUUGUGCCCCAUGUUCAAUUACAGUCCUGUCCAGUGAUAUCUGAUAAUGACGUGCACAGGAUGCUCAUUGAUGACCCAAGAGUAAUUUUUUUCCAGGACUCCUCUCUCCUAGUGAACUCGUCAGAAAACGUCACCCUCAAUGCCCGCAAUGAAAAUAAUGAUGUCACAGGAAGUCUCUCCGUAGGUAAGAGGACAGAAAACACACACCUACACAUAUACAGCAUGCUGGCAAUGUUCAUAAAUUGCACUAUUCAACUGAUAUAUGGAGACUUCAGCAAUGUCAUUCAUGGACUUGUCCUGCAGCUGUACUGUAUGUAAUACAACAUUAGCAAUGACAAAAACGCAUCUCCCCUUUCAUAUUCCAUCAGAUUGCCAUUAAAACCCCAUGCCCAGCUUUCUAUCACCAGUACCAGAAUGGCCUAUCUGUUACACCAAGGGCCUCAGGCCUACAGAGACUAUUAUUUGUGCACCUUUUAUGGCUUGCCAGCGGGGUUCGUAGAGGAGUGUGCCGUAAUUAGAGGGGUAACAAACGACUUAACUAAUUACAGUGUUUCACGAGGCUGUUAUGUAUUCUUGGUCAUUAUGCCAUAAAAGGCAUUGACCCAUCUAUGUGACCCUCUGUGAAGGAAGUUUAAGGCUUUUAAAGACCAGUUAUUUGGUCUAUUCCCCCUCAGACGUACUGUAAGUCGUUUGGAAAGAACAUCUUGUUCUGUUCUUUUAUAGAAGAUGGUAUUGAAGUGUAUUAAAUAUCUCACUGGCCUAUUUCUUCCCGGAGACAGUUGGACAGUAGGCCUACUGGCACCCUGGCUUUAUUUCCUAUGAGAGAGAGGUGACAAAGUGGAAGAAUUCAUCCAAAUGUUAAAGCUGCGUGCAUCAUUUACAUGUUUUAGUGAUACAGCAUAUGAUAUCUCAAUUAUGCUAAGCCUAUGUCUCCCAGUCCCACAGCUUUGACUGCUUCUGGUCUCUAAUAAUUCUCCCUGGUGUCAUUUCAGGUCCAGAUGUGGCCCAGGGAAAUGCACAGAACUUUGUCAUCAGCUCCAACACCAAGACGCUGUUUUCUGCAGAUGACAAAGAGGUGGUUGUUGGGACAGACAAGCUCCGUGUCACAGGUACAAUCAUGUCUGCAGUGUCAGUGUCACACCACUUAGCCCAUACAUGUGUAUACAGAAUUACAGAUAGGACAUACAAACAGGGUUUUCAUUCAUUUUCUUGUAAUUUAAAGGAAUGAGAGCAAUGUACUGAAUCACUCAGUGUUUUCUUACAUAUCAAAGUAAUUAAUUUUCAUUUGACAUGGUAGUUACUGGACUGGAGCAGUUUAUGACUUUUUCAGCAAAGUUGUCCUUGAAAAGGUAUUACAAGUCAAAAGCUCAUUCAUCUAAAAAUGACAGGAAAGAUGACAGAAACACUGCUUUUGAAUUUAAGUUCAUUUAUAAUUAAAGUAUAUUUAUAAUAUAACGUAAAUUGAAGCUACAGUAACUAAGAACUGAAGUCGAACAUAUCAGAGUCCAUCCAAUUAAUUAUAGACUGUAUGCUCAAGUUCUCUAUCUUCCCUAAAUAUCUUUGUUGUGUCCAAUUUUAGUAUUGAUGGGAGGUCAGUGCCCUCGUGCUGUGUGGGGUAAUUAGCUGAAGAGAGUGUCCGUUGAUAGCUUCAUUAUGUCUCGGACAUCUGGAGCCUGACGUACCGCUGGACGGUGACGGUCAUUUCACUUUAGCAAGACACUGAGCAAAAGUGAACACAACCUUGGCCAGAAAACCAUGCACAAACAGAACCAAGCUAAAGAUGUGUAUACUGUCGCAAUAUAACUCUCAGACCUAGUGAGACUCUAUAGUGUGAUGUCAGGUGAGCAGCUUUGCAUGCUAUUGUAACAUACGAUUGGCAAAGGCUGGUGGUAAUAAAGAUGUAAUUAGCUAGCCGAGGGAGCUGUCAUCCACCGUGAUUAAAGCACUGCAAACAUUCUCUCUCUCCUUCAAGUCUGGUGGUUGGAGGUGACUCUGAGCCAGUGCACAUGUCAUCCUCUCACUAACACCAGUUGACAAGCACCUAGGGAAACAAUUGACUGCCAGGACCUGUAGACCCACUCACAGUACAUAGUAGAAUUAAAUAGAACACUAUAUGUAACAUGUAUCUCUAUAGUAACACUGAUGAUGUUUCAUUGUAAUUGACUAUCAACUUAAUGAGGAGCACCUUGUGUGUUUGUUUUUAUUUAGGUCCAGAAGGUGCCUUGUUUGAACACUCUGUAGAGACGCCCCUGCUCAAAGCUGAGCCCUUCAAAGACUUGAGGUAGAUGUUGGAUCCCAUAACCAUUGACAUCUUGGAAGAGGCCAAUAUGAAAUAUUAACUCUUAAUUCCAAGCAGUUUAUUGAUUGUUUUAUCACAGUCAUAUGUGGAAUUGAUCAAACUGAUGUUCUCCUGUGUGUUUCAGGCUGGAGUCUCCAACACGCUCUCUCAGCAUGGAUGCACCAAAGGGAGUCUUUGUCAAAGCACUGGCCGGGAACAUCGAGGCUGCAUCUAACAUGGAUGUUCUAUUGCACUCCAGUGAAGGACUGGUGAGGCAAUGUGUGAUUUACUUGCUAUUGACUGACAGUACUGUACUUAUAUUUUACACUACGUGACAGAGACAUGUACAUUUACUCACUGGCCUUGAUAUCUAUAAAUAGCAGCGAUGCUGUCCCCUAGUGGCAUGUAAAUGUACAGUGCAUUCGGAAAGUAUUAAGACCCCUUGACUUUUUCCAAAUUUUGUUACGUUACAGCCUUAUUCUAAAAUGAAUAAAAUCUUUAUUUUCCUCAUCAAUCUACACACAAUACCACAUAAUGACAAAUCCAAAACAGGUUUUUAUACAUUUUUGCAAUAAAUAAAUAUCACAUUUACAUAAGUAUUCAGACUCUUUACUCAGUACCUUAUUGAAGCACCUUUAGCAGCGAUUACAGCCUCGAGUCUUCUUGGGUAUGACGCUACAAGCUUGGCACACCUGUAUUUGGGGAGUUUCUCCCAUUCUUCUCUGCAGAUCCUCUCAAGUUCUGUCAGGUUGGAUUGGGAGCGUCACUGCACAGCUAUUUUCAGAUCUCUCCAGAGAUGUUCGAUCGGGUUCAAAUCCGGGCUCUGGCUGGGCCACUCAAGGACAUUCAGAGACUUGUCCAGAAGCCACUCCUGUGUUGUCUUGGCUGUGUGCUUAGGGUCGUUGUCCUGUUGAAGGUGAACCUUCGCCCCAGUCUGAGGUCCUGAGCACUCUGGAGCAGGUUUUCAUCAAGGAUCUCUCUGUACUUUGUUCCGUUCAUCUUUCCCUCGAACCUGACUAGUCUCCCAGUCCCUGCCGCUGAAAAACAUCCCCACAGCAUGAUACUGCCAUCACCAUGCUUCACCGUAGCGAUGUUGCCAGGUUUCCUUCAGAAGUGAUGCUUAGAAUUCAGGCCAAGGAGUUCACAGGCUGUCAUCUGCCUUUUACUGAGGAGUGGCUUCCGUCUGGCCACUCUACCAUAAAGGCCUGAUUGGUGGAGUGCUGCAGAGAUGGUUGUCCUUCUGGAAGGUUCUCCCAUCUCCACAGAGGAACUCUGGAGCUCUGUCAGAGUGACCAUUGGGUUCUUGGUCAGCUCCCUGACCAAGGCCCUUCUCCCUCGAUUGCUCAGUUUGGCUGGGCGGCCAGCUCUAGGAAGAGUCUUGGUGGUUCCAAACUUCUUCCAUUUAAUAAUGAUGGAGGCCACUGUGUUCUUGGGGACCUUCAAUGCUGCAGAAAUGUUUUGGUACCCUUCCCCAGAUCUGUGCCUCGACACAAUUCUGUCUCGGGGCUCUGCGGACAAUUCCUUCGACCUCAUGGCUUGGUUUUUGCUCUGACAUGCACUGUCAACUGUGGGACCUUAUAUGGACAGGUGCGCGCCUUUCCAAAUCAUGUCCAAUCAAUUUAAUUGACCACAGGUGGACUCCAAUCAAGUUGUAGAAACAUCUCAAGGAUGAUCAAUGGAAACAGGAUGCACCUGAGCUCAAUUUCGGGUCUCAUAGCAAAGGGUCUGAAUACUUAUGUAAAUACGUUUUUUUUUUUCUUUUAUAGAUUUGCAAACAUUUCUAAAAACCUGUGUUCGCUUUGUCAUUAUGGGGUAUUGUGUGUAGAUCGAUGAGGUUUUUUAUUUAUUUAGUCCAUUUUAGAAUAUGGCUGUAUCGUAACAAAAUGUGGAAGAAGUCAAGGGGUCUGAAUACGUUCCGAAUCCACUGUAUGUGUUUCAGCAGUGGCAUGUAUAUGUAUGUGUUUCAUCAGUAGCAUGUACACUACCAGUCAAAAGUUUGGACACACCUACUCAUUCAAGGGUUUUUCUUUAUUUUAACUAUUUUUUACAUUGUAGAAUAAUAGUGAAGGCAUCAAAACUACGAAAUAACACUUAUGGAAUCAUGUAGUAACCCAAAAAGUGUUAAACAAAUCAAAAUGUAUUUUAUAGCCACCUGGAAUGCAAUUCAAUUAACAGGUGUGCCUUGUUAAUUUGUGGAAUUUAUUUCCUUCUUAAUGCGUUUGAGCCAAUCAGUUGUGUUGUGACAAGGUAGGGGGGGUAUACAGAAGAUAGCCCUAUUUGGUAAAAGACCAAGUCCAUAUUAUAGCAAGAACAGCUCAAAUAAGCAAAGAGAAACGACAGUCCAUCAUUACCUUAAGACAUGAAGGUCAGUCAAUACGGAACACUUCAAGGACCGCCACAGGAAUGGAAGACCCAGAGUUACCUCUGCUGCAGAGGAUAAGUUAAUUAGAGUUACCAGCCUCAGAAAUUGCAGCCCAAAUAAAUGCUUCACAGAGUUCAAGUCACAGACACAUCUCAAUAUCAACUGUUCAGAGGGGACUGUUUGAAUCAGGCCUUCAUGGUUGAAUUGCUGCAAAGAAACCACUACUAAAGGACACCAAUAAUAAGAAGAGAACUGCUUGGGCCAAGAAACACGAGCAAUGGACAUUAGACCGUUGAAAUGUGUCCUUUGGUCUGGAGUCCAAAUUUGAGAUUUUUGGUUCCAACCGCCGUGUCUUUGUGAGACGCGGUGUGGGUGAACGGGUGAUCUCUGCAUGUGUAGUUCCCACCGUAAAGCAUGGAGGAGGAGGUGUUAUGGUAUGGGGGUGCUUUGCUGGUGACACUGUCUACGAUUUAUUUAGAAUUCAAGGCACGCUUAACCAGCAUGGCUACCACAGCAUUCUGCAGUGAUACGCCAUCCCAACUGGUUUGGGCUUAGUGGGACUAUCAUUUGUUUUUCAACAGGACAAUGACCCAACACACCUCCAGGCUGUGUAAGGGCUAUUUUACCAAUAAGGAGAGUGAUGGAGUGCUGCAUCAGAUGACCUGGCCUCCACAAUCCCCCGACCUCAACCCAAUUGAGAUGGUUUGGGAUGAGUCGGACCGCAGAGUGAAGGAAAAGCAGCCAACAAAUGCUCAGCAUAUGUGGGAACUCCAUCAAGACUGUUAGAAAAGCAUUCCAGGUGAAGCUGGUUGAGAGAAUGACAAGAGUUUGCAAAGCUGUCAUCAAGGCAAAGGGUGGCUAUUUGAAGAAUCUCAAAUCUCAAAUAUAUUUUGAUUUGUUUAACACUUGUUGGGUUACUACAUGAUUCCAAAUGUGUUAUUUUAUAGUUUUGAUGUCUUCACUAUUAUUCUACAAUGUAGAAAAUAGUAAAAAUAAAGAAAAACCCUUGAAUGAGUAGGUGUUCUAAAACUUUUGACCAGAAGUGUAUACAGUUGAAGUCAGAAGUUUACAUACACUUAGGUUGGAGUCAUUAAAAAUUGUUUUUCAACCACUCCACACAUUUCUUGUUAACAAACUAUAGUUUUGGCAUGUCGGUUAGGACAUCUACUUUGUGCAUGACACAAGUAAUAUUUCCAACAAUUGUUUACAAACAGAUUAUUUCACUUAUAAUUCACUGUGUCACAAUUCCAGUGGGUUAAAAGUUUACAUACACUAAGUUGACUGUGCCUUUAAACAGCUUGGAAAAUUCCAGAAAAUUAUGUCAUGGCUUUAGAUGCUUCUGAUAGGCUAAUUGACAUCAUUUGAGUCAAUUGGAGGUGUACCUGUGGAUGUAUUUCAAGGCCUACCUUCAAACUCAGUGCCUCUUUGCUUGACAUCAUGGGAAAAUCAAAAGAAAUCAGCCAAGACCUCAGAAAAAAAAUUGCAGACCUCCACAAGUCUGGUUCAUCCUUGGGAGCAAUUUCCAAACACCUGAAGGUACCAUGUUCAUCUGUACAAACAAUAGUACGCAAGUAGAAACACCAUGGGACCACGCAGCCGUCAUACAACUCAGGAAGGAGACGUGUUCUGUCUCCUAGAGAUUAACGUACUUUGGUGCAAAAAGUGCAGAUCAAUCACAGAACAACAGCAAAGGAGCUUGUGAAGAUGCUGGAAGAAACAGGUACAAAAGUAUCUAUAUCCACAGUAAAACAAGUCCUAUAUCGACAUAACCUGAAAGGCCGCUCAGCAAGGAAGAAGCCACUGCUACAAAACUACCAUAAAAAAGCCAGACUACGGUUUGCAACUGCACAUGGGGACAAAGAUCGUACUUUUUGGAGAAAUGUCCUCUGGUCUGAUGAAACAAAAAUAUAACUGUUUGGCCAUAAUGACCCUCAUUAUGUUUGGAGGAAAAAGGGAGUACUUGCAAUUUAAAGGCAAUGCUACCAAAUACUAAUUGAGUGUAUGUAAACUUCUGACCCACUGGCAAUGUGAUGAAAGAAAUAAAAGCUGAAAUAAAUCAUUCUCUCUACAAUUAUUCUGACAUUUCACAUUCUUAAAAUAAAGUAGUGAUCCUAACUGACCUAAGACAGGGAAGUUUUAUUAGGGAAUUGUGAAAAACUGAGUUUAAAUGUAUUUGGCUAAGGUGUAUGUAAACUUCCGACUUCAACUGUAUGUGUGUUUCAGCAGUGGUGCGUCUGACCCCGCCCUUUGUUGUGUGUUGUCUGUGUAGGUGAUUCUGGAUGCCGAGACGGUGCGUCUGCCUAAUCUCCCCCUGGGACAAGGAGGGGUGUCUGGAAACACUCAGGGACUCUACGAAGUGUGUGUUUGUCCCAGCGGAAAGCUGUUCCUGUCCAAGGCCGCGGUCACCUCCACGUGCAGCGAAAGUCAAGAGUGC